AUGGUUUUAUGCGCGGUUUUUGGAUGCGGGACACGAAGUGUCGGUGAUAAAGGGAUCUCCAUGGCGAGAAUACCGUCAGUCAUAACUACUCAAGGUGAAGAAAUGAGGGAACUCUCUGAAGAGAGGAGAAAUAAAUGGAUUUCUGCCAUCAGUAGAGAAGACCUCACAGACUCCAUUUUGGAGCAUGGCCGAGUUUGUGGAAAGCAUUUCAUUUCUGGUCAAGCGGCCAAGCUGUGGGAAAGAUACGAUCCUGAUUGGGUUCCGACCCAAAAUUUAGGUCACAAGAAAUGUGAUUCUGGUGAAAAGCUUCAAAAUCUUGAAGCUGCCGCGAAGCGAGACGAGAGGGCUAGAGAUCGUGAGCUGAAACGACGUGUUGCGGUAGAGCGUGAAAUUGAAAAGCAGCUUCGAGAAGAAAUUAAGCGCAAAAAACAAACACUUAAUGAGUCAGGAGAAAGAGUUAUGGAUAUCUCCUUCGAUCUGGAAUCAGUGAUGAACGUAGAGCCUGAGAGUGGUGAGACUGGGACAGCGACUCAAACGGAAGAGUUUGAAUAUUUAUUUGGCACCUCUGCCUCGAGACCGCCAUUGGAUGAAACGUAUUUCGCUAAUGACGACGAGAAGGUACGUUUUUACACCGGAUUGCCUGCCUAUGAUGUGUUAAAAACAGUGUACCAGAAUGUUUCGCCAUUUGUUAUAAGGAAGUCUCCAACGUUAUCCAAAUUUCAAGAAUGUGUUCUCACGCUGAUGAAACUUAAGCUGAACAUGCCUAUGCAGGAUCUUGCAUACCACUUUGGAAUAUCGCUACCAACUCUGUCAAGAAUAUUUUUAGCCUGGAUGGUGGUUCUUGAUGUUCGACUAGCGCCUUUAAUAAAGUGGCCAGAUCGUGAGGAUUUAUGGAGAACUAUGCCUCAAUGCUUCCAGUUUUCCUUUGGGAACAAAACUACAGUCAUCAUCGACUGCUUUGAAGUGCUUAUUGCGAGACCUUCAAAUCUCAUGGCCCGAGCACAAACUUAUUCAAACUAUAAGAGUCAUAACACUGUCAAAAUUUUGGUUGGAAUAACUCCACAAGAAAGCAUUUCAUUUGUCUCCAACGCUCGGGGUGGGAGGACUUCUGAUAAGUAUUUAACAGACAAUUGUGGCAUUCUCAAAAAGCUAUUACCAUGA